GUUCUUGACGCACGUGUUUGUCUCACUGCUAGAAAAGGAAAACAGAGACAAAAUCUAGGGAAACACAACAAGACACAGCAACUAACGGCUGUACUAUGUAGAGCUGCGAGAUUUUCAUGUAAUUUUGUGUCUUUGGCAGAGCAGACCAAGUGUAGCUUCCACAAAAAUACUGGAAAUAACAAAAACAUAUCUGUGCCAGAAUCGUUUGAUUUCCUCCGGCCAAUUACGUAUAUCACUUUUUUCAAGCGACUUAUCCAGCGAGCGACAACAAUGCUAGCACUCAAAGCAGUGCGAGUGCUGUGAACUCCGAAGCGAUAACUUUCAACCGCGACCAUGCCGGCCUUCUGAUUUCGACUACCUACGAGGGGGUUUAUUUUUUGGUUGGAAGAGCCGUAGGCAACUACCCGAAGAGGACAAGAGAGGGGGCAGGGCACGAAAAAACCGAUUGGGAACAUUAACCACGGACGCGGCGCCCGGGUUGUAAUAGACGACAAUGUCGCCGUCGUCCCACUGGAGUAGAAAUGGGCGCGAUCGCUCCCCAUCCCCGCACCGACGCCGUGACAGCCGGGAUCGCGGUGGACACCGCCGUGCUCAUGAGAAGGGCAAAGGCAAACCGCGAUCGCCUAGAGGCCACCACUGGUAUAAUACCGACCGCCCAGCCGCCUCGCGCUACAACGAGCCGCCUCGCGGAAAGGGCCCCUACGACUUCUACAAUCAAGAUCGCACACCAUGGUGGGAGGAGCGAAAGGGCAAAACAGGCGCGGAGGACGCGGGAGGUCGUGGUGGAGGAUUUGCACACACCUACCACAGCAAGGCACUCUGUUUCUAUAUUUCGUUUCGGGUUCAUCUCCUUCUCUUCUGAGACGUUCCCGAGUUCGCUCUCGGGCGGGGAGGUUUUCACAUGCAUCUGAACAAAAUUGCGGGCUUGCAUUCAUUUCUGCUCUUGCUUUUCGCUUUCGGAUAAGAAAGUAACCAUGUGAACAAAGAAGACACCGCAUCCGCAUCAUCUAUUUUUCAAGAGUAAUCGAUCUUCUAUACCCUACAACAGGAUCAUGUUGCGAAAGGAGAGGCUGUGACAGGAAAGGGAAAAGGAAAGGCGACCAUGAAUGCGUUCUUUGCGCAGCAGCACCACUACGCCUACCCCAGCAACCAGCCUGCCCCCAAUACUGGUCACUACGGAACGAAAUCGGGAAAGAACGUUGACAAGGGGAAGAGCGGCUGGCAUGCGGUCACCAAGGGGAAAAGCGUCGAUCCACCUCCGCCACCGGCGAAUAAUACACUGACUGUAUUUUUUACAACUAUCAUCUAUCUUGCCUAUUCAUACAGAAAGUUCAUUGCUUGCAGUUGCCUCGCUCAUUAGUACUAGCAACAAACAUGGCCGCUUCAUCGUCGCGUGGCUUCAUGACGCCGCUCUUGAUCUGUUGGAAGCUUCGCGUACUAGACCGUUCUUUUUUAUAUACGUACUCCAAGGUUUUUCGUGGAAAGCCCGGCUCAAAUCAGCACCACGAUCCGGGGGCGAUUCCAAUUCGGAUGGGAAAGAGCACCACUUCCGUUGUACUGAGUGUUUUCCUGCUGCGAUGUACUUCUACUUCAGUGCAACAUGUUUUGCGUUUUUUCCGCCGAAGAACAAAAAGUAUAUGCUUGCCGGUACUACUAGAUGUAGAUGCUGACGUAGACCACGACUUUAUGCCUGUACACGACAGAGCACAUGGUUCUUCCAGGAGAUGAAUUAUUCUACCUCGAAAACUAAACCAGGACAUCGACAUGCUGGCUUUAGCCCAGGCGCAGAGCCGUAUGCAAGAGCAACAGCAAGUACAGGUAGCAGGAGCCGCACCGCAAGCUGGCAACGGCAACUCCCAGCGACAGGAUCAGGAAACCGAAUCGCGCAGCGAGCUGAGACAGCGCGUCGCGGCGAGAGAAAGACAGCUGAAAGCUGAGGCCCUAGACAGAAAAGAACGGGAGGAGCUUGAGGCCGUACAGGCAAAAGAACGGGAAGCACAGGAAUUGCACCGAUUGGAAAGAGAGCGGAUUGACAAGGAGGAAGAGAGGGCUAGGAAGGACAUCGCAGAGGAAAAAAAGAAGUGCCGGAUCGAUGCUUUGAUUCGUGGGAACAAAAAGGACGACUUGGUGGAACUCUGUCGGAAGUUGGAGAUCAAAACCGCGAAGAGCAAAAGCACGAUGAACAAGCCCGAACUUGCGAAAUUAAUUGCGGAAGCGGAGGUGGUGCGGGAAGCGGAAGCCGAAGCAGAAGCUGCAGAGAAAGAGGAACAAAUCCAAAGUGGGCCGGAAGGUAAUAACCCAGUAACGAACAGGCACAGAGCCGGACAAAUGUCGGGCAACAACAGACUGAGGCGCCUCUACUAUCGCAGCCCAAUCUUGAUUUUUUUCUUUUACUUUCAGCUAACGUCUCGGUAUCGUUUGUCUGAUCAGAUCAGGGCGGCGAGGGAUCUCACAGCUCGCGCAGGAAGCUCUCUGUCCAUCCAGUUCCGAAUGGUGACUGACACAUAUGCCAUAAGGAUAAAAAACUUCUGUCAGGUACCUCCGCCGGGGCCGGCCCGAGUUCCGCCAGUGCGAAAGAUGAGACGGGCUCUACCUGCCCCUGGUUUCUGCAGAAAAUGGGAGAGCCGGACAAGAAAUGGGGGCAGGAGUACGUCUGCAGGCUCUGCGAGCAUUUUGGCAAGCCUCAUCGCGAACUUUUUGGCCUGACCGAUGUAAAGUGGCACCUCUCUCGUCAGAAGCAUGGCAAGGCGAAGAACUGGCAUGACGAAUUACAUGCCAGCGAGAUCGAGAAACUGAAAAGCGAGCGGAGUGGUCCGCCGGCUUGGGGGGGGCGCGUGGACUUAGAAUACCGGGGCGAGGCAUAGAAGUGUGGGGCGCUUCGAAAGCUUUGUUUGCAGCCGUUUGCCGAUACGCAGGCACGAGAGGACUGCAACCGCUUCAUCGGUCACGUCUUGGGCGUUCCGAAACGAGAACCAAUCUCCUAUUCUUUUUUAUAUCGACGACGCACUAAAUUAUACACGUAAAUUUUGUAGGCGAUAGCGACAGGUCUUCGAAAAGCGACACAAAAGGGGCGACAGUGACACCUUCAGUUUGUCGAGGACAUUCACCUACUGCUACUUUCCACGGACGAAGGAGGGACCCAUUUAUAUCUUCAACUUGUCCAUCUUUUUCCUCCCCUGGCUCGAAGAUAAUCAUCAUACAGCAGGCUAGACAUGAUUCUGGAUCUGGAUGAAAUUAUGACAUAAGCGCCUUUCGUGUCGUCCUCGUCCUCAUUGAUGUUGUUGUAUUUGUAGCGCGAACUGAUCAAAAAACCAACAUAUAUAUAAAAG